CCCGCGCGGCCUCCAUGGCGGCGGGGCCGCGGCCCUUCCCCGCCCGCCGCCGGGCUGUGGUGCUGCGGGGCGGCCCGGAUGUGGGGGGUGUGAGGCGGCGGCGCCUUCCCUCGGCGGCUGGUUGCCCUCACGGGCUGCGGUGGCUCCAUGUGGGAGCCGCCGGGACGCGGGGCACCCCGCAGCGGGUGGCCCCGCAGGAGCAGGGAGCCUGCGGGGGUCCCGCCAGCCUCAGGUGUCUCUUCAUCAGCUAAAAUGGUUUUAAAGAAGAAGAAAGAAGUUCAGGUUGAUGCAUUCUUACUUGAUCACCAGCAGCUUGAAAAACUUCAGAAGUUUUCCAAGGCUGAAGAACAAAACCUGGCAUCUCUGCUUCUGCACUGUGGACAGCUGAACAAUGGCAUCCAGCAAAUCCAGUGUAUUAAACAAAUCAUGCCUUUGGUGAAGAUGAUGGAUCAAAACUCUGCAUGUGAUCCCAUGGUUAAAGCUUGUUUGGAUAUCCUGGGAGAGACAUAUUUUUCACUGAGUGUGAAGAAUCCCUUGAAAAAAGUAUUAGCAAGUUCACUAAAUGGUCUUCCUGAACAGUUGAUGCCGUUAGCUGUUCAAAGCUUUGUACGCUGCCUUAGGGAAGAACUGAAAACCACAGAUACGUAUUUGUACAGAAAAGUACUGGACAACCUUGCUUCUUGUAUGGAGGACUUCAGCUUAGGUAAAGCAAGUAUUAAGAACCUGUUUGAAGAAGUUCUUCAGUUCCUGCAAAAAUCACUACUUGACAUACAGGAAGAAAACAGAAAGAAUAGUGGAAAUCGUGUAGUUCAGACACGAUUGAUGCAUGAUUUAUUGAUGGCCAUUAAAGUUCCAAUGAUGCUUGUACAGAAAUUACAAGAAAAUAUUCAGGGAAGUCUUUGGAAAAAUCACGAGUCUUGCAUUUGGCAAAGUAUGUGUAGUUUACUGAAAAGUUCCAUCAGCUUCCUAAUGGACGAAACUCUACUGCAGACUGUGCAGACUACCUCGGGACUGGCCUUUAUUCUGUUUACUAAAGCUAUGUAUGAACCAGCUGAAGAAUUACCUUCCCUGGUCAGUGACUUGCUUCUUGGAUUGAAGAAGCACGCAGGCAUGCCAGCAUGGUUUGUGAGUAAUUGUGGAACUCAGUGUACAGAGGAACUCUCCGACUCGGUCCUUCUCUUUCUUUGCCAUGGAGCAUUGGCUAUGCUGGAUUGGAAGAAUAGCAGCAUGGGUGAAAGUGGAGAGAAACUGUUACUAGAUAUUGCAUCAGUCUUGUUGUCUUUGAGUUCAGUGUUAAAAGAAUCCAAUAUGAUAAUAUGUUUAUCGAGAACUGUUGCUAUUUGGACUAAUUCAGCACUAGCUGCCCUCAUUUCAGACUCCCCAAAUCUAAAAAUCAAACUUAAUGGGAACUCAGAGGUAAUUGGGAAGCUGCUACAGUAUGUUUACACACACUGGGAACACCCUCUAGAUGUUGUUAGACACCAAACCAAAUCGAUAUUCAGGAAUCUUCUUCAGAUACAUCAAACCAUCGUUUCCGGAUACAAUUUAAAAUCAGACCCAUUCUUUGCAAGGCUGACCAAGUAUUUGCUGAGUUUGGAAUGGCAUGUGAAAGGAAAAUACGCUUCUCUUGGCUGUCUUGUGGAGUGUGUGGGCACUGAAAGUAUACUACAGUUGGACAGAACUAUUCCAGGACAAAUCUUGGAUAUGAUGAAUGAUCAGUCUCUUGCACCCUAUGCGAGUGAUCUUUUGGAAACUAUGUUUACAAAUCACAAAGUGCAGUUUACUUCGAGUUGUAAGGAAAGUUCCUGGAUUGACCAGUGGCACGACAUCUGGGUUUCUCCUCUUCUUCUAAUACUGUGUGAAGGGAACCAUGACCAAACUACUUAUAUAAUAGAUUACUAUUUACCAAAAUUGCUCAGAUGCAGCCCUGACAGUUUGAGCUACAUGAUGAGAAUUCUUCAGGCUUCUGCAGAUGCUAAUCUUGGCUCUUGCACUACCAGAGGAGCUCUUGGAGCCCUGAUGGCAUGCCUAAGAACAGCCAGGGCUCACGGACACCUGGAACUUUCAAGUAUCAUGAGCAACGGUCUUGUAUCUGCUGAAUGUAUAAAGCAGGGUUUAGUGCAUCAGCACAAUCAGGUUUGCAUUGAUGCUUUAGGUUUGCUUUGUGAAACCCAUCGUAGCACGGAAAUUGUGUCUAAGGAAGAAAUGCAACUAAUUCUAUUUUUCCUGGAGUACAACUUGAACAGUCAGUCUCCGUCAGUAAGGCAACAGAUAUGUUCUUCACUACGAAAGUUAUUUUGUAGAAUACAAGAAAGUUCCCAGGUGCUUUAUAAACUGGAGCAAAAUAAAACCAAGCAGGAAUUACUUGAAGACUCAACUAGAAGGCAUCCUUCAGGGAUUUUGCAGCAAUAUAAAGACUUCAUGUCAUCUGUAUGUGACAGACUUUUUGAGGCGCUGUUUCCUGGUUCAUCGCACCCAACCAGAUUUUCUGCUCUAACUAUUUUAGGAUCAGUAGCUGAAAUAUUUUCUGUUCCAAAAGGACAGGUGCACGUUUUUAAAUUGGAUCAGGAGAUUGAUUCUGCUCGUGUGCAAACUUUGAUUCAGUGUUUUGCCAGUACUUUUGAAGAAGUAAAAGUCCUAGCAUUUGAGCUUGUGAUGAAACUGCGUGAUGUUGCAUUUAGUUUACAGGAUUCUGAAAACAUAGAUCUGCUGUUCCAAGCAGCAAUGGAUCUUAGCACGAGUACCAAGCCAUAUGAUUGUGCCACUGCAUCGUAUUUGUUGAACUUCUUAGUAUAUCAUAAGGAACUGCAUCGUAUUUGUUUAGGAAAAUGGAUUGAGCAUAGUCCCCAGAUGGAUGAAAACACAUCAGCAAGUACCAUGGAAAAGAACACUUUAGCAGUUAUCAAGCUUUUAUUAGUGAAUGUUGAGGAAGAAAUAUUUCAAGCUAAAAAGUCUCUGCUUCGAGCAGCAGCAUUGUUCCCGAUGUAUGGGAGAGUGCAUUGUAUAACAGGAGCUUUGCAGCAAUUACCUUUUAAUAACUUGACGUUGGUGACUGAAUGGAAGCAAAUGGUGGCUAGGCUCAUUCUGAUGUCAUACGAACUCUCUGCUGUAGUAUCACCAGUAGUGCAGAGCUCAUCACCAGAGGGUCUUAUUCCAAUGGAUAACGAUUCAGAAAUGGCAGAUCGACUGCAGAUGAUUCUGCGUGAGAUACAGCCACAGGACACAAAUGAUUAUUUUAUGCAAGCAAAAAUUUUGAAGGAACACUGCAAAAUAGAGUCCGAAAAGCUGGCUGUCCGCAAGCCAAUGGAAAAUAUUUGCACAGAAAUGAGAGGUAAAGAAAGGCAAAUGUGUGACGUCACAGCUCAAAUGGUUCUUGUAUGUUGCUGGAGAAGCAUGAAGGAAGUCUCUCUGCUGUUAGGGACGCUGUGUAAGCUUUUGCCUACACAGGCUGCAUCUGAACCUUCAGACGGGUUGAUUACUGUAGACCAGGUUAAAAAUAUUGGGGACUACUUUAAACACCACCUACUGCAGUCAAGGCACAGGGGUGCAUUUGAAUUGGCAUACGCUGGAUUUGUGCAACUUACAGAAAUGCUUUCCAGAUGCAACAGUAGGAGUCUGCGCAAGAUGCCAGAGCAGUGGCUAAGCUGUGUGUUGGAAGAAAUCAAAUCCUGUGAUCCUUCAUCGACGUUAUGUGCAACCAGACGUAGUGCGGGAAUUCCAUUCUACAUUCAGGCUUUGUUAGCUUCAGAACCAAAGAAGAGCAAAGCAGAUCUGCUGAAAAUGACCAUGAAAGAAUUGCUGUCUUUGGCGGCACCUUUGAAUGAGUCAUCAAGUGUCAUUCCACAGGUUCAUGCUUUAAAUAUCCUGCGGGCACUGUUUAGGGAUACACGUUUAGGUGAAAACAUCAUGCCUUAUGUUGCAGAUGGAAUACAAGCUGCAAUUCUAGGGUUUAUGUCACCUGUUUGGGCAGUAAGAAAUUCAUCUACCCUUCUUUUUAGUGCUCUAAUUACAAGAAUUUUUGGGGUUAAAAGAGAAAAAGACGAAAAUUCCAAAAAAAAUAGAAUGACAGGAAGGGAGUUUUUCUCUCGAUUUCCAAGUCUUUAUCCUUUCCUUCUCAAGCAGUUGGAGGUUGUAGCCAACACUUCAAACAGUGAAGCUGAAGAGCUGAAAAUCCAUCCGAGUUUGUUCCUUUUGCUUUUAAUCCUGGGAAAGCUGUAUCCAUCUCCACUGGAUGGCACUUACUCAGCACUCAGCAUGGCACCAUUUGUACCAUUUAUUAUCAGGUGUGGGCAUUCUCCUGUGUACCGUUCCCGUGAGAUGUCAGGUCGGGCCCUUGUUCCAUUUGUUAUGGUCAGUGAAGUGCCGCACACAGUAACAUCACUGCUGAGGGAGCUUCCAGACUGUACCAGUCCUUGCAUACGACAGAAUAAUAUUCACGGAACGCUUCUGCAAGUUUUUCACUUGCUGCAGUCAUACUUGGAAUCAAAACAGUUUGUUAAUUCAGACUUUCAGCGGGGACUGGGUGACAUCAUUACCUGUAUAGGAACCAAACUGUGGCUGGCUAAAAGGCCAAAUCCUUGUUUGGUGACCAGAGCUGCUUAUCUCGAUGUCCUUGUGAUGCUGAGUACUCACCUGGGAAAGUUCCAGAAGCAAGGAAUGCAGCUGCUUGAGUUCUGGGAAGAGAUGAACAGAGUUAUCUCAGAUUCUGAACUGAUGACAGGAGUUCCCUACUCAUCUGCAGUACCUGGACUGACACAGUAUCUCCAGAGCAUCACCAAACUUGUGAUAUCCAUGCUAUCGGUGACAACAGGUGCUGACAUCCAGAGCAGCAGUUCACCUGUUGCAAAGAAAAUAGCCAAGCCACCAUUGUCAAUACAUCAUCUCCUUCAUAGUGAGUUUCAUGAAGUACGUCUGCUUGCAUUGGAAGCAGUAUUGCUCUGGCUGAAACUAGCGAAUGCCAAACAGAUUGCAGAAGAAGGUGUGCUUGUUGACUUGGAAGUCAUUCUUCUCAAAAUGGCUCUGAAGGAAAAGAAUCUCGACUGUUUUUAUAAGGUGCUGGAAAUUCUGUGCAUGAUGGAUCUCAGAAAAGUGCUUCCGAAGACUGACAGCUCUAUAAAAAUGAAUCCAAAUGAGCUCUUAACCUGGAGUUUAAACACUGUAGAUACCUACAACAGUGCUGAAAUUCAAAGCGUAGCUCUCAAAUUUGCCUCGAAGUUGGUUAUGCAUCUUCUACAGAAUCAUCAGCAGAUUUCAGAGGAGGUCUUAAAGAAAUGGGUUCAACAGAUAAUUUCUUUUUGUGGAGAUGAGCAACAGACAGAAAUGCUGUUAGCAGCUGCUGAGGUACUUAAAAGUAUAACGCCAUUCCUUCUGAUCAAUGAGAAGCUCAUUCUUGGUCUCUCUGAUACCCUUGCAAUGUGGAAAUGUGUGAUUCUUCUGCUGCAGAAUGAAGAUUUGGUAGUAAGGGAUGCUGCUUCUGAGGUUAUACAAGUGGCACAGUCUCAGAAAAGGAGCAGUAAAGGAACAGACUGCCAAUGUGAUUGGAAAAAAAAAAUACACCAGCAGCGUGACCAGCACUGUGACUGUUUUCUGUGCAAGUUUGCACUUAGGAUAGUGAAUGCUCCGAUGGCCUUGGACUUAGCGUUUGGCACACUGUGUGAGCUGCUUCAGCUGUGGGGGGAAGCCCGUGCCGGCGUGCCGGUCUUGCUGGAGUGGCUGCUGGGAGACAGUGAUCCACAACAAGGCUUGGAGGCUUCAGCUCUGGAAGAAGAUGAUAACCUGUUUGAUAAAGGGGAAGUUAAUUUUUGGGAAGAGAAGUUAACUAACGCCAGACAACUUAGUAAGCACCUUUUACGGCUUAUACAAGUGACUCAUCUAACCUUACCAGAUCAAGAACUUAAUCGACUGUCCAGAAGGGCACAGGACCAAGCCCAGCUUGUUGCACACCUUCUUAGAGCGCUUCCUCCGAGUCCAGAAUUUUCAAAAACUUCAGAAUUCACAAAAUUGGCUAUUCAGAAUGAAAGAGUAUCACACUGUCUUAAAAUAAUAAAUUUGCUCAAGUCUGAUGAGAUUUGCAAAAAUGAAAGUCCAAAAACACUGAACUAAAAAAAGGAGAAAACAAACCAACAAAAACCACUAGAAGUUCAUUCUCAGGGAACUACAGACAUUAUAGUGGAUUAGCAGGGGACUGAAUUCGAUGGAUAUUCAAGGAGUUAAGGUAUUGCUAUGGCGACCCCAGUAAACCUGUAACAAACUAUUCACUAUUCAUGCUAAAAACGCAUUUUCCAUAUAUGAGUCCAUUGAUUUAUUUUUUUGGUCAGGUGUGCUGUGGGAGACCAUUCCUUUUAAAUGCAUUUGCUAAUUUCAUUCAGCUGAGUAUGGUUUAUUGUAGCUACUGUAGGAAGUAAAGCAGCUAAGCCUAAUAUUUUCCAUUCAUCCAGGUGCAGGCCACCUGUCGUUGUGUUACGUUUUAUCCUGGAUUUUUACCUCCUGUAUUUUAAUACCAGGAAAAAACUUCUUUUUUGGGGGGAGGAGGCUCAUUUUGACAGGUAAAAUGUUAAUUAUUGAAUUGAUAAGGGAAGUUUUUAUUUUAAGUUAAACUUGGAUCCUUUUUGUCCGUGACAAAUUCUAGACUACAGUUUAAAUUUUACUGCAUUCUUCUCUGGAGGAAGGCAAGGAUCCUUACUUUGCUAGUAGCCUUGUUUUGUAGAUGGAAACAGCGUUAGUUAUGCUUCGCAUGCCUGUGUUUCCUGUAAAUCAAAUACCUACUUUUGUAAAAUUGCUCUCAAAUGAAAUUGGCAGCAUUGAAAACAAAGCAGCUGUUCCACUUAGAGCAGAAUAGUUUUGUCUUUACUUCAAAACACCUUGCUCUCCAAGCAGUCUUGAAAAAGAAGGUCCUGCUCGGUAGAACGAGGCCACUGGAGAUGUGUAGGAAGCGUCCUUGUGCUAUGGUGCUCUCCCUCCCGAGGUUUUGCAGCGAGCCCUUGGUAAGAGCUGCGUGGAAUAAUGUGUCCAGUGCUCAACUGUUUCAUUGUCUGAGGUACAAAAACGUUUGUUGCACUUUGUGGAUUUAUUUUUCUGGGAAUUUGGAUUUGGCUGUGAUGUGAAAAUCAGACGUCAAAAAUAAAUACUUAUUUUAAAAA